AUGGCCAAACGAAAACCGGUAGACCAACAGGUAUCGAUCUUGAAGUUUUGUCGAACCGGAUCGGAUAUCGUGAAAAAAGAGGUGACGGUUAUCGAUCUGGUGAGCGACAAGGAGGAAGACUCGUUGUUUGUGAAGGACGAGGACGAAGAGCUCCCCAACCAGAUCGAGCCAGACCAGAUCGAACAGCUCCCGUGUCCGAUCUGCAGCGUGGACAUGUCGUACUUGUCGCUGGACGACCGCACAAUGCAUGUGGACGCAUGUUUGGUCGAGCCAAAUACCAAACCGGUUUUGUACAAACCAAUGAAGAUUGGGGGGCAAGAGAGCAAAAGAAAAGUGUCUGCGAAACGGCCCAAACCGCCGAUCCCAGACCACAAGAUCAUGGAGUUUGGCAACUAUAUGGUUGCUGUGGACGCGUUUUGCUACGCUAUACAUCCUGGAAUCUCCACAUAUUUAUUGACCCAUUUCCAUUCCGAUCAUUAUGGCGGAUUGACAAAAAACUGGGAUAACGGGAAAACCAUCAUUGUGACCCCAAUAACGUAUAACUUGCUGGUCUUCAAGUUCAAAAUAGACCCCUCGUUGCUGCUACCGGUGGACUAUAACCAGACGAUCACCGUUCCGCACACACAGAUCAAAGUCACCUGUCUGGACGCGAACCAUUGUCCAGGAAGCGGGAUUUUUGUGCUGGAAUCGCCUGGUUGCAAGUACCUCCACUGUGGAGAUUGCCGUAUAAACCGGCAAAUGCUCGAGUCGUUGCUGGAAAUCGGCCAUUUCAAUAAAAUAUACCUCGACACUACUUACCUGGACCCGCUGUACAACUUCCCGAAACAGGAGUACGUUAUUGACCAGUUAUGCCAGCUACUCAAGUCCAAGAUGGAAACGUUCAAGUUCUCACAGCAACGGGUUAUCGAUUAUUUCACCAAAGGGAAACCGCAACGGUUUUUGGUGGUUAUAGGAACUUAUCUUAUUGGCAAGGAAAGACUUGCGAUCGGACUCGCAAAGGCUUUGGGAUCCAAGAUCUACUGCCAAAAGGAGAAGAAGGACGUACUGAACCAGUUUGGGUGGCCAGACUUGGACGAACUGUUGGAAACCGAACACCCUGAAAAUUGCCAGGUGCAUUUGGUAGCACUUCCGAAACUCAACAAGGACUUCUUAAUGGAGUACCUCAAGACGUACUCGAAACACUUCAAGGCGGCCAUUGGAGUGCGGCCAACUGGGUGGUCGUUGCGGUACGGCAAACCGGUGCCGUCGCUGGACGAUAUAGUGGAGUCGGAAACCCCAGAAGCGGUUUUGGAAGCCAUUUCCAAACAUUUUGACAGGUUUAGAGACGAUAACCCUUGUCGCAUUCUACGGAUUCCGUACUCGGAACACAGCUCAUAUCGCGAACUCUUCUACUUCACAAACCUGCUAAGCUACGACGAGCUGAUCCCGACAGUGGACGUGCACAACGAGGAGGAACAGCAUGCGGUGUUGACACAGUUCAGAAACUACAAAAAGUUAUGUAUAACAAACUUUUAA